AUGGAUGACCAGCUCAGUAGAGGGCAAGAGAUCUCUCCAGCACUUGUAAAAGCCAUCGAAGAGUCCAGAUUCUCCGUCAUCGCUUUCUCUGAAAACUAUGCUUCUUCAACAUGGUGUCUGGAGGAACUUGUCAAGAUUAUUGACUGCACCAAGGCGAUGGGACAUGCAGCUUUACCAGUCUUCUACAAUAUGGAUCCCGCUCAUGUGAGGAAACAGACAGGGAGUUUUGCACAAGCAUUUGCUAAGCAUGAAGAGGUUUAUAAGGAGCAGAUGGAGAAAGUGAUCAAGUGGAGAGUGGCUUUGACAGAAGCUGCCAAUAUUUCUGGAUGGGAUUCUCGAGAUAGUGUUCGAAGUGUAGGAAUUUGGGGCAUGGGUGGCAUAGAUCCAAGGAAUGUGGGGGCCUCCGAUUCACAUUUUCUAAUUGCUUCACUGUCUGAGAAUGAAAGCAGCAACUUUGUGGCAGCUACAUUAAGGGAAAUGCAAAUGGUUCAGCCAACAGAGUAUAGGCUUCACAGUAAUGGUACAUCUGCCUCCAAAUUGGUGUAUGCUAGGUUGAUGGGAUUGGCUGUGUGCGCGAUUGUUGUAGUUAAGGGUGCUGUCCAUGAUUGCCCUGAACACCAGAAUUCUUCAGAUGAAGGGCACAGAUUCAUUAAAUCAGAUCACAUGUGGCUUGGGUAUCAACCAAUUUCUCGAAUUGGGAUUGGCCACGCCAAUUGGCUAAAUAAACUGAGUCAAAUUCAGGCUUCAUUCCAAGUCUAUGGCCCAUCUUAUGGGGUGAAGAAGUGUGGGGUGAGGGAAGCUUCAUAUACAAGGCUUUGUAGUGCCAAGAACAUUUUAACAGUAAAUGGACAAUUUCCGGGACCAACUAUAUAUGCUAUGAAAGGAGACACGAUCAUUGUCGAUGUUUAUAACAGGGGAAAAGAAAACGUCACCAUUCACUGGUAG